AUGGUUUUCCUUCUCAACUCUGCGCCCAAGUCAAGGAGAGCCUCCCACGAGGCUCGCAUUCCCAAUCAGUCCAUGUCCCAGGAUCAAGCGGCUGCGGGCAAUGAGCGCAGCCACUCGACCAACACUCGACAUGACGAGCUGGCAUCGGUGCCCCAAGAGGAGGCCGACAACUUCGUUCACUUCUUCCACGGGCUCGCGCAGCAGCAGCGCAAGCCAGCAGGAGGCCAGACGGUGUUGGCACAAGGUCUGCAGGCGCAGGCCUCGCGCAGGGCCGUCAUUUUCACUUGCAGCUACGGCGAUGGCCACAAGUCCGCACAGCAGGCAGUCCAAGACUUCCUGAAGGCAGCAGGCUUCGUCGUGGAGGCUGUUGACACCACGCAUGACCCUCGCUUCGAGGACUCGCUGCACAGGAGACUGGGUACACGCCUCAUGGACGUCUGGUACAACCGAAUGGUUCUGCGGUGGAAGAUGUACAGCAUCCAGAACAUGCUUGAGUCGGUCGGUUCUCUUUUCUUCGGCCGUUGGAAUUCGCCGUGCCCUUCUCCGAGCUGCAACAGUCCAACGAAGGACGCCUUUCGAAGUGUGCUCCUGGAGCAGAGACCAGACAUCGUGGCCGCGCGCUCAAGAUGGGGUGGUGAGUUUCGUGCAGUUCCAGGAGCACAAAAGCGCACCAAGCACGCCAGCUUGGAUUUCGAUGAUCCGAGGUAA